GACCGAGAGUGAGUAAGUGAGGGACUGAGCGUUCUGGCCAUUCCUUCUGGCGCUGAGAGUGUCGGUCUGUGCUGAAACAGAUAUCCUCUUGUGGACGAAACGAAAUCCGUUUCAAUCUCGGCCAUCCUUGGACCCGUACCCGUAUCCGUGGCCGCAUCCGCUCCUCCCUGCUUGCUCCAUUCAUCGCCAUGGAGAGUAGCUACGGCGUGGGCAUCAACAAUCGAUACGCCCUCUUCCUCGAUGAAGAGGGCGAGGAGAACGAGGAGGCCCUCCUCGAAGCUUCCUUGGCCGCCAAGAAGGUCUCCCACGCUCAACAGGCCGCGGUGAAGACGGCCGAGGCCGCUGCGGCGGCUGCUGCGGCUCAGGGCUCAAAGACCACCGCCAACAAGGCCGCUUUGGACAAUAAGAAGGUGGCUAACAACAACCAGAAGAACAACGCCAAUCUCAACCGGAAGGAGGAUAAGGAGAAUCGACGAUUUGAAGGCAAGCGCGUGUUUGACGCGCGCAAGCCUCAAGAGGGACCCCGCGACAACGAUGACCGGAACAAUCGACGCAACAACCGUGAGGAAGGGGGUGAACGUCGUAGCGGCUUCGACGGAGCCGUGACCGAAGGUGGACGGGGUCGAGGCCGUGGCGGACGAGGUGGACCCGGUGGUCGAGGCGGCCGCGGAGGCUUCGGCGGUGAGCGAAGUGAGCGCGGAGAACGAAGCGAGCGCGGAGAACGAAGCGAGCGCGGAGAACGAGGCGCACCCGGUGGUGGACGAGGGGGCGGGCGCGGUGGAAAGCGCGACUUUGACCGAAAAUCGGGCGAUGAACGAACGGGAGUGAAACAUGUGGACAAGCGUGAAGGUGGCGGGUCUCAUAACUGGGGCACUUAUGAGGAUGAGAUGAAGGCUGCUGAGGAUAAGACCAACGUUUCCAGCGACGAAAUCAAUCCUGAUGGCCACGAGAAAUCCGGCGACGAUCACACCCACCCUGUAGACCAAAGCCUACAUGAAGAAGAGCCGAAAACCAUGACUUUGGACGAAUGGAAAGCCAGUCAGGAUGCCAAAAAGGGAACCCCCAAAUUCAAUCUCAGGAAGGCCGGCGAAGGUGCGGAGCAAGACCCUCAAUGGAAGAAGACCUAUGCCUACAAAAAGGAGAAGGAAACGGCCGCUGAUGAGGAUGAGGAAGAAGACCAAGAACUGUACCCCCAACGAGUCAAUCGUCAACGGCGAGUGUUGGAUAUCGAGGUCAAUUUCGCAACUGAGCAAGGACGCGGUGGACCCGGAGGCGGACGCGGCGAACGUCGUGGCGGGCGAGGCGGACGCGGAUUCGGAGACCGGGGCGAUCGACGUGGUGGACGCGGUGGUGGCUUCGAUGGGGGCGAACGACGAGGGGGCGGACGCGGAGGCGAGGGUGGGGCCGAUGGACCCCCACGAGGUGGACCUCCUCACUCGGGCGAGAGUGAGAGACGCGGACGGGGCCGAGGGGGACGUGGUGGCAUGGAGGCUCCCAACGUGAACGAUGAGCAAUCUUUCCCUUCUCUGGGUUAGACCGACAACAAAAGAUAAUCACACACAAUCUCAAACUAAGUUUUUGAUGAGAGAAGUCAACACCACCGUCAUCGUCGCUGCAAUUGGGAUCUGACAAACACAUGAAGCAGUCCAAUGACGUCGCCAACGCAUGAAGAAUCAACCUUCCUUUUCCCCUUGUUCCCCAAUCUCCCCCAUCCUCGUUUUUUGGGAGAUGGAUUCCAGAAUUGUCAAGAAUUCUAUCUUAGAAGCCAUCUCCAGUCUUUUUGUUUCCAAGUGCGAUGCGACCGAAUCUCGUCUUCGUCUUCACCCGUUCAUCCCCCCCAUCUAAAAAGUUCGUUCUUUGUCCCAUUCAACAUAACCACCUGAUUUCCCGCUCGUUCUUCCACCGUAAUUGGCCUGUCUUCUGUCAUACAUCUAACUGCAACUGAAAUGCUCUGAUGGGUUUUAAGCAGUUACUUUUGGGAGCCGCCCUAAAUUGAAAAAAAAAAAAACCAACUCUGUUUUAUACCCCUAGUGCCCCUUGGGUUCCCCAAGCAAUCUUUCGAAGAGAUGCUGGCGACCCGGGAACCAACUCGUCCUUAUGAUAUUCUUUCUACCCUCUGAAACCUUUCUAACUUGACAUCCCCUAAAAUGAACGAGCUGUCGAAGAAGCAAAGAUCCACGAGAAGUUAACUAAUCACUGCAAACAACAACAACAACAACUACCACCACCGACCGACCCCCUUUGAAUAUAGCUUCAAGCCUCUCAAAACUAUUGUCUCUUCUUUUUGUCCAUCUCCAAGAACAACAUCAGCAGCAUCCCGAAAUGCGACUCGAAGAAAAUGAACAACACUAACCACCACAACAACCCUCAUUCUAUCAUCCAUCAUCUCUUUGUCGUCGUCAUCGUCGUCGUCUUCUUGUACGCCCUUGAGCUGGCCGAGCCUCGGAGCUAGCUUCUAGAGUAGCCCACGGACUCUCAAUUCCAUUGUUGAUAAUCUUACCAUAAUGAAGGGAACCCGAAAUCCACCCCGUAAAACCACCAUAUUUAUGUCGAUUUGACGCAGUGGCAUUGAUGCCUGAUCUGCUACUACUAUUACUGCAAACUACUUCAACAACAACAACAACAACCACAAUUGCUCUAUCAUUUGAGAAUUUCAUUUUUUGUAGCUGCCCAAACAUUUCCUCUAGGCAGGCCCAAAUAAUUUCAUACAUACAGUUCUUGAUAUAAACGUGGAGAAAUCA